AUGAGUGGAUUAUCACCGACUGAAAUAAAUUUAUUCACUGAAAAUAAUAAUAAUAAUAAUACUAUUGAACAAUUUGAAAAUGUCAAACUAAAUCCAACUCAUUGUUUUAAUCCAUUAACUAUAUCCACUUAUUGCGCGCAUGAAAUGAAUCCUGAAUUGACAACAACACCAAAAGCAACAACAACAACAACAACAACUCCAUUAUUAAUGAUCACUAGUCCGAAUGAAACUGUACAAUUCGAUGAGAAAAGUUAUCAUAUUGAUUUAUCCUGUGAUGAGUCUUAUCAGCGACCAUCAGUGCGUUUAGCGGAUAGAAAAAAUCAAUUAACUGUGAAUAGAGAAUGUUCACUUACUGAUGCGAAUGAUCAUACAACUACAAUUUCUAUUGUUGUUCCAUCGUUGAAUAAAAAUCGACGUUAUAGUGAUCAAGGAUCUAGAUUGUCAGAGAUGAAUACCACUCAUGAUAGUUCAUUGUCAUCUAUGCAUAAACGACAAAGUUUAUUUAAUAUUAAUUCAAAUACACAACAUGAUCAUGAUUUAUUUUAUAAAACAAGAUUAUAUCCACCGACAAGAUUUAAAAAUACUUCAUCUUCGAAUGUUGAUUUGUUGGCUGAAGCAAUUUUAAAAAUGCAAGGAACAUUAAAUUGUAAGUAG